UUUGUAGUUGCUUGUGGGGGUAACUUCCCCUGAGGCCUCACAGCUGGGGGAAGUUCAAAGACCAGGAAGCCACCCAGGGGUGGAGUACGGAAGGGCAGGGACUUUACUGAAAUGAAAGUGAAAGCAAAGAGCCUGCAUAAGAACCGGAAGAAGUGUCUUUCAGGCUCUGCCGGGGAGACCAAAACUCCAAACUGCAAGCAAGACUAGUUGCGUUGGACCCUGCCACUUUGUGCCAGCUCUGAAGCCUCAGCCCUUGCUAACUGGACCUUAGACCAUGAUGGCCCUCCAAGCCCUUCAGGAGGAACAGGCCAAACUAAAGACCAGGCUACAGGAGCUGAAAAGGAAGCUCAGGGACAACCCCCAAGACAAGGUCCCAUUCCCAGUGCCUGAGGCCACCCUAGUGUUCCGAGGAGACAUUCAGCAGGGCAAGGAAACGGGCAAGUCUGUGGUUUCUAACCUGCGGAUCUGUUACCCUCUGCCUGGAGGCUCCGCUCUGGUCACCUUUGAUGACCCCAAUGUGGCCAAGCAGGUGCUGCAGCAAACGGAGCACACGAUCGAUGUGGAAGGGUUCCGACUGCGGGUGCAGGUCCAGCCCUUGGAGCUGCCCAUGCUGACCACCAUCCAGGUGUCCAGCCAGAUGAAUGAACAGAGAGUACUGGUCAGUGGGUUUCCUGCCGGGCUUAAGCUAAGCGAGGAGGAGCUGCUGGACAAGUUGGAGAUCUUCUUUGGCAAGAGCAAGAACGGGGGUGGUGACGUGGAGACGCGGGAACUGCUGCAAGGCAGUGUCAUGCUGGGCUUCACUAAGGAUACGGGUAAGGACCUUGUCGGUGAGGCGAGAGCAGGGGCACCAGGCCACGGGAGGGGAGAGCCCUUUGAUGCCAAAGGUCCCCCACUCCCUGUCCCUGCAGUGGCCCAGCACCUGUGCCAGACGGGCCGGUUCACAGUGCCACUGGGUAAGCAGCAGUUCCCUCUGAGAGUCUCUCCCUAUAUGAGUGGAAAGAUCCAGAAGGCUGAGGUAAGUGGGAAGGUGGAAGAUGGGGACUGGACCCGGUCACCUGUCUGCCUGCCAGAAACUUGCCCAGGGAAGGAUCACAGCCCCGAAACCCCACUGACCUACCCGCCGCCAACCUCUCCAGGCCUCCUGCCCCCUCCCAUACUCCCACGGUCGCCACCUGCCCCGACCUCUGCCGCCCCCGACCCCCCAGCCCAAGCUGCACGAGCCCCCGCCCAGCUCCCGGCUCCUUUUCCAGGUCAGGUCCCUGCCAGCGCCCCACUCGGUGCUGGUGCUCAACGUCCCUGAUGUCCUGGAUGGCCCGGAGCUACAAGACGUGCUGGAGAUCUACUUCCAGAAGCCCACCCGUGGGGGCGGGGAGGUGGAAGCCGUGACAGUCAUGCCCCUGGGACAGCAGGGCCUGGCGGUCUUCACUGA